UUGUCGACUAAUCAACUAAUUGAUUUUUCAAAUUCAAUAUCUGUAGAUCAAUCUAUUUAUGAUUACUGUGUAAUCACUGAAAAGUGUAAAGAAUAUCUUUGGGCUUCAAAAAAUUAUUCUAGUAUACCUUAUUAUACUGGUGUAUCUCAUUAUACUAGUGUAUUCUUUGACAAAGAGAUUAUUAAGAUCGUUGAAGAAAUUGGUCCUGAAAAAAUAGCUAUGAUUAUAUCUGAUAAUGCAACAAAUACCUGUGUUGUAUAA